AGUAUAAAUCAGAGUUGAGCAAAAACUUUGUCAGUCUUAUUGUUAUAGAAAAUCAGAAAAAGAAAAAGUAAUGGAGUUGCUGGGACAUUACUGGUGGUGGCCGGUGGUAUUAGUUUUGGUUCAUUUUGGUAUGAAUGGGUGCUUCGGCUGCUGGGAGCAAGAGAGAAUUGCUCUUUUGCAAUACAAAGCUUCCACUGUCAACUACAAUGAUGAAUAUAGUUUUACACAUUGGGACUCAACCGACAAAGAGAGUGAUUGCUGUGAGUGGGAAAGAGUCAAGUGCGACAUCACUACUGGCCGUGUAAUCCAACUUACUCUUAAUCAUACGAUGUUUGAUUCAAGUAGAGAAAGUGGGGGAGGUUGGUACUUUAAUGCCUCUCUGUUUCUUCCCUUUGAAGACCUUCAAUACCUCGAUUUGAGUGAAAAUUUGAUUCGUGGUUGGGUCCCAAAUGAAGGUUUUGAAAGAUUCUCUGCGUUGAGCAAGUUGGAGGUGCUUCAAUUGGAUUAUAAUUAUUUCAAUAACAGCAUUCUUUCAUCCUUGAGUGGAAUUACUUCCCUCAAGGAACUAUAUUUGGGGUUAAACAAUUUUAAUGAAUCAAUCCAAGGUUUUGAAAGAUUCUCUUUGUUGAGCAAGCUAGAGGUGCUUCACUUGGAAUUUAGUAGUUUCAAUAACAGCAUUUUGCAAUCCUUAAGUGGUAUUACGUCGCUCAAGGAACUAGAUUUGAGUUUCAACCUUUUGAAUGGAUCAGUCCAUAUCAAAGAAUUUAAAGCAUUUAGCAACUUGGAGGAUCUCUACUUGAGAGGCAAUUGGAUCAAUGCCUUUGUGACAACAAGAGAUUCAAACAUCUUAACUAAGCUACAACUCCUAGACUUGAGUAACACUGAUUUCAGUGCACGAGUUCUAGAGUCAUUAACUGCCUUCCCAUCGUUGAAGACGUUAGAUCUCUCAGAUAACAAUUUCGAGGGAUCGUUUACUACUAAAGGCUUGUGUGAACUGAGGAACCUCCGAAAGAUAAGCCUCUCAAGAAGUCAUCUUGAAGGGAUAUUGCCUUCAUGUACGGCAAACUGGACAUCACUUCACUUUUUGGAUCUCUCUGGCAAUCACUUCAGUGGGAAUGUCCAAUCCCUAUCUGAUAUGAGAUCACUUGAGUUCCUUUCCUUGUCAAAUAAUGAAUUCUUGAACCCAAUCACCUUCUCCUCCUUUUUUAACCUCUCAAAUCUCAAGGUCCUCUUAAGUGAUAACAACAAAAUUGCUUUUGAAACAAACUCUCAUACUAGGGUUCCAACCUUCCAAUUAAGGCUUUUCAGUUUGUCAAAGUGUUCAUUUAAUGGACUCAAUACAACGCUUCCCACAUUCCUUCAUUACCAAUAUGAUUUGCGAGAAGUUGAUCUCUCCCACAACAAUUUGAAGGGGAAGUUACCCACUUGGUUGUUAGAGAACAAUACAAGAUUGGAGGUUCUUAUUUUAAAAAAUAACUCUUUCACAGUGUCUUUCCUGGUGCAAUAUGAGCAUUAUCUUCUUCCCAACAUUAAGGAGAUAGAUAUUUCAAGUAAUAACUUACAAGGUCCAAUUCCUACCAACUUCGGUUUGAUUUUUCCAAAUUUAGAGUAUUUAGACCUCUCUAACAAUGCAUUUGAAGGUAGUAUUCCUUCUUCUUUUGGGAAUUUGGUUUCUUUGUGGGGUUUAGACUUGUCUAAUAAUAAUUUAUCAGGAACAAUGCCAAUGCAUUUCACAAUGGGUUGCUACUCCCUAAAUUUUCUCAAAUUGUCAUAUAAUAAUUUCAGUGGCCAAAUAUUUCCUUCCAAUUUUAAUUUGACUAACAUGGAAUAUUUAUAUUUGGACAACAAUCACUUCUCAGGAAAGAUCCCAAAUAGCAUCUCACUGAUGAUUAAUGGUGCCACAAUUGAUUUUAGUAAUAACAAUUUGUUAGGCAUGCUUCCAAUGUGGAUGGGGAACAUGUCAUUUUUAACGACAGUUGUUAUGGCUAAUAAUCAACUGGAAGGUCCUAUUCCAAUGGAGUUAUGCAAACUCAUUCAUCUUGAAUUUUUUGAUCUCUCUGGGAACAAUUUGUUUGGCUUUGUUCCAUCUUGCUUCAAUUCGUCAACAAUCAAGUUCUUUCAUCUGAAUAAAAAUUUGUUUAGUGGUCCAAUUCCAAAUGCAUUCCAAAACAACUCCAAUUUGGUUACAUUAAAUCUUCGAGAUAACUACCUAAAUGGAAGCAUUCCUAAUUGGAUCGGGAGUGUCUCAUCAUUGAGCAUUCUCCUUUUGCGAGCAAAUCAUUUAGAAGGUAGGAUUCCAAUUCAACUAUGCCUUUUGCAAAACUUAAACUUGUUGGAUCUUUCCUACAAUAAACUUUUUGGUCCAAUACCCCAUUGCUUAAGUAAUUUUACAUUUGAGGCAUCAGAUCAUGGUUUUGAUUUAGGAGGUCCUUCAGACUUUGUAUUUAGUGGUCAACCAGUGACAAGCUUGACGGACAGAUAUGCGUAUCAAGGGCAACAAAUUGAAGUCCUUCCUCGUGUGGAUUCGAAACAAGAGGUGGAGUUCGCAACAAAGAGAAGAACUUACUCCUAUAAGGGAGACAUUCUGAACUACAUGUCUGGAGUUGACCUCUCAUGCAACAGGUUAGCAGGUGAAAUACCACCCGAACUUGGAAGGACAAGCAACAAAUUACGUGCAAUGAACUUGUCACACAACAAUCUAACUGGACCAAUCCCCACAACGUUCUCAAAUCUGAAGCUAAUGGAGAGUUUGGAUCUUUCCUACAAUAAUUUAAAUGGUACAAUCCCUCCUCAAUUUACUGAAAUGACCUCUUUGGAAGUCUUCAGUGUGGCAUACAACAACUUAUCAGGUACAACUCCAGAUAUAAAAAAUCAAUUCAUUACUUUUGAUGAAAGCAGUUAUGAGGGAAACCCUCUUUUGUGUGGACCUCCAUUGCAUAAUGAUUGCACCAAAAUUGGACCACCAUUUACAACACCAGUGGAAUAUAAGGAGGAAGAAGGUGGUAGUUUCAUGGACAUGAGUGUCUUCUACAUAAGUUUUGUGGUGGCUUACAUGACGAUAUUGUUGGGAAUUGUUGCAGUUCUUUACAUAAAUCCUUAUUGGCGUAGGGCAUGGUUUAACCUCAUUGAAGUGUGCAUUGACACUUGCUACUGUUUUGUUGUGGUUCAUUACCGUAAAUUGUUCAAGUUUAGGCUUGCAUAGCCGUGCAUUUUACAUGUACGUGUGUCUCUUCUUGUUGGAUUCUGAAUCCAAACUUUGAAUUUUUAAUACUGUGUUGUGUAAGGCUUGUAUUUUGUUGUGAUCAAACUGAUCGACGAACUUUUUUUUUUCUCACUUUUUUAUUCUAAAAUAUAUA